AUGAGUGUCUCACCUCCUCCGACUCCGCCAUCGAGGGCUGUAAUAGACGACGAGUGGAGAUUCCAAACUAUUACAUUACCCUGUGAGUGCGUGGAGGAUUACCGCCCAGGUGGUUACCAUCCCGUCAUCCUCGGGGAUGUCUUCAACAAUGGCCGGUACAAGGUCAUCCGGAAGCUCGGUGACGGCUCCUACUCGACAGAUGGUGGAUAUGUGGCCCUGAAGAUACUUGUAUCGGAAAUCUCGGGAUCGACAACCGAGCUACGAAUUUUACGGCACCUCGCCGAAGCCGCACCAGCAGAAGCGUCUCGGCAUGUCACGCCGCUGCUAGGCGAGUUCGAACACCGCGGCCCCAAUGGUGUCCACAAAUGCCUGGUAUUUGAGCCCAUGGGCCCAAGUGUUAAUACUAUGGUCGAGGCGCUGCCGCAGUUUAAUCCUCGCCGGCAAGGAAUAAAAGCUCUUGCAUUUCUCCACGAGAAUGGUAUAGCACAUGGAGAUUUCCAGCCGGGAAAUAUACUCUGCACUCUAAGCGAUAUAGCCUCGACGCCCGAGGAAGUACUUCAGCAGGAGGAAGAUGUACAAGCCCGGUCAAUCUCCGCACCUGUGCAGAGGUUAGAUGGUAAGCCAGAUAGAUGGGCUCCUCGAUAUCUUUGCGUUGCGCAGCCGUUGGUGCCCUUUACCUACUAUGCUGAGGGUUUCAAGACCAAAUUAUCCGAUAUGGGCGGCGCAUACUUCUUUACAAACCCGCCAACAAAGCCCGUUACUCCACUCGGUCUGCGACCCCCCGAAUUGAUUCUUACCGGAGCCGUUGGUAACACUGCUGAUGUCUGGAGCUUCGGUUGUCUUGUCUUUGAGCUUAUCACUGGACAGCCGCUUUUCUGUAUACCAGGGUCCGAGGAUGAGGACGACGAUCAUAUUCUCUCCCUCAUCGAACGACUAGGUCCCCUCCCGGACGAGCUCUUUAGUAACUGGAAGAACUCGUCCCUCUACUUUACGACGGAGAGGAAGCUCUUUAAUUGUGAGCUGGGAGGAGUCGCUCCGGGGGAGGAGCCGCUUAUGCUGGAGCAGACGUCCAUGGAGGAAUCAUUUGAUCUUGCAGAGCCUGAUCUUGAUGAGACGGAAGCUAGAAAAGUAAAGGGGCUCAUUCGGUGGAUCUUGCAAUAUGAUCCCUCGAAAAGACCUUCGCCAGCGCAAAUCUUGUCCGAUCCAUGGUUCUGCGAGAUUAACGUAAGGUAG